AGCUAAUGUAGCUCGGAGACAGAGCGUGAGGGGGGGGGCGAGCGAGCUAGGGAGCACGAGAGCGAGGCGACCUAUCGGGAGAGUCCGCGAGAGGGGCCGCGAGGGACGCGGCGCCGUUACCUCAGCGAGCGCGAGACACGACCGUUGGUGGAGCGAAAGCGAGAGAGAGCGCGAGCGAGGAGAGGAGAGACGGCGGCGGUGUUGCUGCUGGUGGCUUCGUGUUUGUGGAUUACUCCGGUCUAAAAACACCGAAUCAGAGCCGAACCGAGUUCGCCGACGAAUUGGACUCGAACCGAACGAGGUUGUAGGUGGCAGAAGGAUCCGAUAUGUAUACCUUCGGCACUUGCCUGUAAAGGGAGCAUGUCUGCCCACCCCCAGCCUGUGCCCCAGGGCCGGAGGGCUGUGGAUGCCCGUCACUUACCGAGCCCCGCCACUCUACCGCUGCAGCUGGCCCGGCCUCAUGCGGAUGUAGGAUUGGUGGAGUAUCACACUCACGCACGGGACUACGCUUCUCAUCUGCCCCACACAGCCCUUGCCCAAACCCACCGGCGCAGACCUUCCCUGCUGUCCGAGUUCCAGCCGGGCAGUGAGAGAGGCCAAGAGCCCCACAUCCGCUACGAGCACAUUUACAUGCAGGAGCCCAGCAGCCAGUCAGAGGUGGAGUAUGCUGAGAUGAAGCGCCCCCGACUGGAGAUGGGGGUGGAGACUCUCCUGCGACACCCUGCUCAUCGGCCUUCUGCUCAGCUCAUGGGGUCCGAGGAAGUUCCCAAGGAACGGAACAGCGGCCUGGGAAAGCUGGAGCCCAUCUCCCCUGUGAGCCCUGCCCAGAUAGAUGCGGAGCUAGACCUGCUUCCGGCCCGAUUUUCAAAGGAGGAACUCAUCCAGAACAUGGACCGUGUCGACCGUGAAAUCACCAUGGUGGAGCAGCAGAUCUGCAAGCUGCGCAAGAAGCAGCAACAGCUGGAAGAGGAGGCUGCCAAGCCCCAGGAGCCGGAGCGGCCCAUGUCUCCCCCGCCCAGCGAAGCCAAGCACCGCAGCCUCGUGCAAAUCAUCUACGACGAGAACAGGAAGAAAGCAGAGGAGGCCCACAGGAUUCUUGAGGGACUGGGCCCCAGGCUGGAACUGCCCCUGUACAACCAGCCAUCGGACACUAAGCAGUACCAUGAGAACAUCAAAAUAAACCAGGCGAUGAGGAAGAAGCUCAUCCUGUACUUCAAGAGGAGAAAUCAUGCCCGUAAACAGUGGGAGCAGAAGUUCUGCCAGCGCUACGACCAGUUGAUGGAGGCGUGGGAGAAAAAGGUGGAGCGCAUUGAGAACAACCCGCGGCGCCGGGCUAAGGAGACGAAGGUGCGAGAGUACUAUGAGAAGCAGUUCCCCGAGAUCCGCAAGCAGCGCGAGCUGCAGGAGCGCAUGCAGAGCAGGGUGGGUCAGCGCGGGGGAGGUCUGACGUCUACAGCAGCACGCAGCGAACACGAGGUCUCGGAGAUCAUAGACGGCAUUUCGGAGCAGGAGAACUCAGAGAAGCAGAUGCGUCAGCUGGCUGUCAUCCCCCCGAUGCUCUUUGACGCAGAGCAGCAGCGCAUCAGGUUCAUCAACAUGAAUGGCCUCAUGGGUGAUCCCAUGAAGGUCUACAAGGACCGGCAGGUGAUGAACAUGUGGAGUGAGCAGGAGAAGGACACCUUCCGUGAGAAGUUCAUUCAGCACCCAAAGAAUUUUGGCCUGAUUGCGUCAUUCUUGGAGAGGAAGACCGUGGCCGACUGUGUGCUCUUCUACUACCUGACUAAGAAGAAUGAGAACUACAAGAACAUUGUGCGCCGGAACUACCGCCGCCGAGGACGCAGCCAGCAGCAGCAGCAGCAGCAGCAGCCUCAGCAGCAGCAGCAGCAAGUGAGCAGGAACCAAGAGGAAAAAGAGGAGAAGGAGAAGGAGAAAGAGAAGGAGAAGGAGGGUGACCGGGAGGAGGACAAGGCUGAGGGGGACGACAAGGAGGACGCCUUGAAAGACGACACCUCUGGGGAGGAUGGGGAGGAGAAGGAGCCGGCUGUGGCCUUCAAGGGGCGUCGUACGGCUAACAGCCAGGGUCGCCGCAAGGGCCGCAUCACACGCUCCAUGGCCAACGAGGCGGAGGAGGCGGCCACAGUGACCCACAGCAGUGAGCUGGCCAAUCUGGAGAUGAAUGAGAGCUCUCGCUGGACCGAGGAGGAAAUGGAAACCGCCAAAAAGGGUCUUUUGCAGUAUGGUCGCAACUGGUCAUCCAUUGCCAAGAUGGUGGGCUCCAAAACUGUGUCCCAGUGCAAGAACUUCUACUUCAACUAUAAGAAGCGGCAGAAGCUGGACGAGAUCCUGCAGCAGCACAAAAUGAAAUCGCCCAGCCCGCUCACCUGGGACUGCACGUUUGCCCAAAAACAGGAGAGGGAGCGCAAGGCCCGCCGCAGCCGCAAGACUGCCCAGAGCGAGGGCACCAGCGCACCCUCCGCUGGCGACGAGGAGGAUAUGGAGGUGUCGGGGGGCAGCGGCAACGAAGAGGAGCCCCCAGAGGACGGCGAAGCAGGGGCCAACAACAGCUCUGACACGGAGAGCCUGCCCUCCCCCCGAUCCUCCGAGGACAGCAAGGCCAAAGACGAGAGUCACGGCGCAACAGGAGUGCAGGCUGGUCCUGGGACUACGGUGGAGGGUGCCCCCAUGUUCCAGGAGUCCGUUGCCGCGGAGGCAGACCAGGGGGUGGGCCAGUUGGGCUCUUCAACCGCGGAGACCGAGGCACCGGUCCGGUUGGAGGUGAAGACCGAGGCUGAGGAGAGCAGCAAGGAGCAAAUGGUGGAGUGCGAUGAGAAGAAGCCCACUGCGGAUGCUGAGGGAGGGAGGGCAAUUGCAAAGAGCUCCAAGAGGGACCGUGCUAAGAUGGGGUCCCGUGGUGACAGCGACUCGAGUGCCACCUGCAGCGCCGACGAGGUGGAGGAAACGGACAAUCCUGAAAAGAGCAGAAUGACCUCUCCCAGGCCCAGUCUGCUGAACUACACCCACGACGGGGUCAUCUCCCCGCUGCAGAAGCCCAUGGACCUCAAACAGCUGAAGCAGAGAGCCGCUGCUAUCCCGCCCAUUGUCCCAGAAGCCUCGGCGCAGGACAGCCCCCGGAGCGGAGCGGCGGCUGGCGGAAGGCAGCAGGUACCUCCCCAUGCGCUGGCGCUCUACCAGCAGCAGAUCACCAUGGCGCAUGAAUCGUCCCAGGAGGGGUCACCGCCUGGCAGGGGUGCCCCACCUCCACCCGUUUUCCAGCAAACGGGUAGGGAACGCCCCCGGACACGGAGCCCUGCCCCUAGUGCCAGUGACAAGGAUGACAAGGCCAGGGCCUUUUCUCCCCUCGGCGAAGUGAAGAAGGCUGGAUCUGGCACAGAUGACCUACGGCCCGCUAACCUGAGCCGACCUGUCAUAUCCCCGUACCAGCUGUCUCCCCGAGAGGCGGCCAAGCUGGGGGCCGAGCAGCCAUUGCUGCACUACAGCUCCGCUUUCCCUCCAACUGUGCACAGCCUGCCCCUUGGCCUGCAGCCAGAAGGGGGGCGUCUGGCUGCGGUUCGCCCCCUCAACAUCCCAGAUCCGCCACCUCUCAUCUCCUCCACCAAGCCUGGUGGUUCCAUUACCCAGGGCACCCCGGUGCAGUUGCAAAGCCCAGCCCACGGCUCGGAACACGGCAAGGUCCCCGGCAGCUCGCAUCCCUUGUCCUGGAUGGAGCCAAAUAAGCUGGGAUCCUUACCCAUGGUGAAGCAGGAGCAGCUCUCGCCCCGCCCUCAGGCUGCUUCUCUGGUCGAGAAUCUGUCCACUCAGAGCCUGUCCCCAGACCUCAGUGCCGCUCGGGCUGUUGCUGGGUCCCUGCCGGCCGUCCAGGGAGGAAGCAUAACGAAGGGCAUUCCGGGCACCAGGGUCCACCAAGACACCCCCUCGUACCGUGGCGGCUCCAUAACUCAGGGCACCCCAGCCGAUGUGUUGUACAAGGGGACAAUCACUCGGCUGGUGGCAGAGGACAGCCCCAGUCGGCAUCGCGAUGAGCCGCUCUCCAAGGGCCACGUGGUCUACGAGGGCAUCAGCGGACACAUCCUCACCUACGACCGGGGAGUAACCCAGAACCCCAAAGACGAGGGCCGUGGCUCCAUGUCUCAGGGUGAGCUGCUGGGUCUGAAGCGCCCCUAUGAUGUCAUGGAGGGGGGCAUUUCCCGAGGGCUUCCGCUACGAGAUUCCUUGUCCAGCGUCGGCUGUGAAGGGCUGAUCGAGCGAGCCAUGCCUCAGGACCGCCACAGUCCACACCCCUUUAAGGAGGCCCACCACAUCCGUGGCUCCAUCUCGCAAGGAAUCCCCCGACACCUGGACCCACAGAGCGACUACAUGAGGAGGGAGGCCAAGCAGAUGAAGCGAGAGAGCCCGCCCCCGUCACGUGGCUCUGCCACUGACAUGCUGAAGGGCCGCCCUCACGAUGGCGUAGUCCCAACUGUGAAAGAGGCGGGCCGCUCAAUCCACGAGAUCCCACGUGAGGAGCUGCGACAAAUUCCCGAGGGAGCGAUGGUCGGGGCGAUGGUCGGCAAAGCCACCAAGGAAGGCUCCAUCACCCAGGGGACGCCGCUGAAGCAGGAAUCAGGUAGCUCGGCCAAGCGACAUGAUGUGCGCUCCAUCAUCGCCACUUCCCCACGCUCCUACCAUGCCGUGGCCCCCCACCUGGAGCGUGGCCGCACCUACGAGGAGAGCCCCAAAGGGCGGCCGAGCACUGUGGUCAGCAGCACUGGCUCUCUUUCUCGUGCCUCUCCCCUGGCUCUGGGGAACGCCGACACAACGGGCAGGGCCCACCACAGCCCACUGGGCUACGAGGAGCACAAGGGAGCACUGCGGGCACCCUACCCAGCCACAGGCUCCUCCCACCGGGGCUCCCCUGUGUCCUCACGCGAGUCUGGUCAGCGCCAGCAUGAAGGUUCCAAUAAAAGCCAGUCCCAGGAGCGCAAAGCCACACCCACUCCUCGGGAGAUGAGCACCACAAAGUCCCCCCUAGCGGGCGUGGCUGAGCACCACGCCUCAUUGGCCUCAUACGAACGACUGCUCCAGGGUCUCAGUGCGGACAUGUACCGCGGGCAGAUCCCCCUGACCUUCGACCCCACAGCCCUCCCCAGAGGCAUCCCCAUCGAUCCAGCAGCAUACUACCUGCCCCGCCACCUCGCCCCUGGGCCAGGCUACGCACACCCCUACUCGCCCUACCUGAUCCGUGGCUUCCCCGAUACGGCGGCGCUUGAGAACCGGCAGACUCUGCUCAACGACUACAUCACGUCCCAGCAGAUGCACCAGUGGCCGGCGGCGGCUGCCAUGGCUGCUCAGCGCUCCGACCUGCUGCGCGGUCUCUCACCCCGAGACCAGCCUCUCACACUGCCCUACUCCGCCAGCCCGCGUGGUAUCAUCGACCUGUCUCAGGUGCCACACUUACCUGUCCUGGUCCCUCCCUCCGCAGGGGCGUCAAGCUCCCCCAUGGAUCGCAUCACUUACAUGCCAGGAUCUACCAGUGCCUUUCCCAGUCGGCCCUACACUACCUCCCCCAUCUCACCAGGAGGGCCCUCUCACCUGAGCAAAAUCCAAGGGAGCUCGUCCUCAGAGCGAGAGCGUGACCGGGAGCGAGAGAGGGACCGGGAGCGGGAACGUGAUCGAGAGCGGGACCACGAGAGAGAAAGAGAGAGGGAACGGGAAAGGGACCGCGAUAGAGAGCGGGAGCGUGACCGAGAGCGCGAUCGCGACCGUGACAAACCUGGCUCUCUUUCGCAUGGCAAUGUGGAACACGCGCCCAUCUGGAGGCCUGGUACAGAGCAGAGUUCCAGCAGCGGUGGGGGGAGCGGCAGCCGCCCAUCCUCUCACUCCUUUAGCCAGCAGCAUUCCCCAGUGUCCCCUCGCACCCAGGACAGCCUGCAGCAGAGGCCCAGUGUGCUGCACAACACGGGCGGCAAGAGUCUCCCCAUGCCUCCUGAACACGGCAGCCCUUCCGUCCUCAGGUCUCUCCCCUCAGGCGCCUCCCGCUAUCAGCCCUAUAGCCCUCAUCUGCAGAGAACCGGGGUCCCCCCGGAGGCCUACCUCCCGAGCCUGGACCCGGCCGGCCCCAAGGAGCUCUCGCGGGCCGCUGAUGGGGCCAAGGCUCGCAGCCUGUCCAAACACAGCCAGGAACAGCAUGGCCCCGCCCUCGCCUCCUCAGGCUCCUCCCACAGCAAGUCAGAGCCCAAGCUGGUGAGCCCGUCCCCGGGGGGCAUGUACAGCGGGACUUACUCUCCCGCCGCUACCCAUAUGGGUCACCUCCCGGGCCGGCCCCACGCGCUGCUGCCCCCCCACCAGUUGCCCCCUCAGGCGGAGAAUGCGGCGGGCCGUGGCAGCGGCGGCGACACCCCUAGUAGGGAAAAGACUCAAAACAAACCAGUGUCCAUUCAGGAACAGGAGCUCCGAGCACUCGGUAAGACCACCAUGACUGCGGCCAACUUCAUAAACGCGAUUAUCAUGCGUCAAAUUUCUUGUGAUUCGGGGAUCCCAGAGGCGGGCUCGCUCACAGACGACGGCGCCUGUGAUGCAGUGCAACAGAAGAUGACCUCCCUAGAGCAGCAGCAGAGUCACUACCGGCCCCCUUCGGAAGGCAGCCCAUCCCCCAGCCAGCCUGGUCACCAGCCUCCGUCACCGUAUGUUAAGGGCAGUCAGCGAGUCGUCACCCUGGCUCAGCACAUCAGCGAGGUGAUCACCAAGGACUACACCCGGCAGUCCCAGCAAGCCAUCCAGAACACCCCACAGUCAUCCUACAGCUACCAUGGUACCCCCGUGUUGGACCUCACACGCCCCCCCAGCACCCCCCAGGACAGUGGGCAAGGCUCACGCUACACUCCUGAGGGGGCCCCCAGCGAGCGCAGCAGGGAGAGGUCUCCACUGCAAAGUAAGGUGUCUCCAUCCAGCCUGCCUGCUGACGGCAUUGAGCCGGUGUCACCACCCGGUGGGCUGUCGGAGCAAGAUGCGCAUGGGGCCUCCUACCUGAGCGAGCAGGGGGACCAGGGGGUGGGCUCCCGAUCUCCGGCGAACAGUUCCCAGCCUCCAGCCUUCUUCAGCAAGCUGACAGAGAGCAACUCGGCCAUCGUGAAGUCCAAGAAGCAGGAAAUUAUCAAGAAGAUGACCGUCAGCGGCAGUGAGUCUGAAUAUAAUGCUGGACAGCCUGGGACGGAGAUCUUUAAUAUGCCAGCGUCAACUACUGCAGGCCCUGUUGCCCCCCGCAGCCACCCCACUCCCGAGGCCUCGGGCAACACCAUCGGCCUGGAGGCCAUCAUCAGGAAGGCUCUGAUGGGCAAAUACGACGAACAGGCGGAGGAGCGAGCCGCAGCAGCCGCCGCCGCUUCAAUGCCCACAGCUGACGGGCGCAGCGAGGAUGCCUACUCCCUGCCAGGUUCUGGGAAACCGAAGGGUGGUGGCCGUUCAAACGGUCGCAAGGCGAAGUCCCCCGGUCCUGGGAUGGGGGUGGCCGAGAGACCUUCGUCCGUAUCCUCUGUCCAUUCCGAGGGCGACUGCAACCGACGCACGCCGCUCACCAGCCGAGUGUGGGAGGACCGGCCCUCAUCCACGGGUUCAACGCCGUUCCCUUGCAACCCCCUCACCAUGACGAUGCGCUUCCCUAGCGCCGUGGUCUCGGCUCCGUCGCCAUCCUCCGCGCAGCCCGGCGCUCAGAGCCAGCAGGGGCGCGGCUGGGAUGAGGAGCCCAAGCCCCUGCUGUGCUCGCAGUACGAGACACUGUCCGACAGCGAGUGAAGGUUCGAGGACGCCACUCCCAGCAGACCAGCAGCGCCAUGCGCAAACACGCGCUGCAACGUCCCUGAUAUCUGCAACACCCCGUGCUGCAAGUGCGGAGCAACUCCUGGCCACACCUGUCAGGGGAUACUGUGGACGUGGUUGAUGUGGAGCAGUGCUACAGCGUGCGUGCGUGCGUGUGUGUGUGUAUACGUGCGCGGUAUCCGUGUAUGUGUGCAAGUUGCGCAUGUUCAGCCAAGAGCAACUCCUUGGACAAAUCGCUCUUUAAUUUUUGUUUAACGUUCCCCCCAUCCGUUACUGGCCUUAUCGAAGAGGAAAGAGUCCAGAGUUGCAUUGCGUUUAACAUUUGUCUCUGUCUUGGGAAGGAACGUGGUACGAACCACGGUCAGGUGCCAGUCAUUGUUUUUAAUGACGCACUGCUGCCCAGGAUGCCCUCCGGCUUGUUACGCACCAUCACAAUCGCAUGUCCUCCCUGCAGAUCAUCGAGAGGCAGCUCUGGGGUCACUGGCGGUACCCCAGAGAGGAGCAGUAACCCACCCUAUUCUUCAGUGGGCGGGACUUUGAAACCCAGGCCUAUUGUGAGUCCUAGCCAGAGAAUCUAAAGAAAUAAUAAUAAUAAUAUUAACUGUCAAAACCACCAUGCCUUCUGAUGACCUCCAACUCCUCCGCCUUUCACCAUUACAGAAACACAGGAUCUGAGCGGCACUUGCCCUUGUUCUCCUAGUCUGUGUUUUCUGAGCGCAGCAUAGGAUUCUGGGAAAUUUAGGCAGCAGUGUGGCUCAUCCUUCAGUGUGCAGUACAGGUGCCCCGUUGCGCGUUUCCAGCCAGCCAAGUGCAGAAAUGAGACAGACCAGGUUUUUCCUUUCACCUUUAAAAGAGUAAUAAUUCUCAGCAGUUCGAUCUUUUGUUUGGAAGUGAGGCCAGAAUCUCGGUAGUUUUGGUGGUGAUUUUAUCCGUAGCCUUUGUUCAUCGGUAAUGAUCUUUACAUGACUUUGGAUGGAUGGAUGGCUCAUAUCAUUGGUUUUACAGGGUAAACUAUGUGUGGUUGGUGUUUAAUGUUGUGUCACUAAAACAGUCCAUGGCCGGGGGGGUUGUAGCAAGUUGAUGACUUUGCAGUGUGACAGAGGGACAUUAUUUUUGCCAGUGUUUUUUUUUAAAUUUUCUUUUAAAUAUCAACUAUGUACAUGUGUCUUUUUGUUUUACUGUCACACCAGGAUGUCAAACUGUUCAUCUUGGUCCCCCCAACAAAAGACCCCAUCCGGGUACAUGAAGGUGGGAGAUGCGGGGUAAAGCGAUGCUCCCCCGGGAUGAACUCAUCUGUUACACGCUUGUUCAGCUGCCUGCGUGUCCACAGCUCAGACCGACGAUCACCGUGGAGUUGUAGCGAGACAGACAAAUGACCGAGUGAACGGAAUCGGUUUGUUCAGCAUUACAACGUGAUGUUACGAACAUGUAACCUACUGUGGACGGCAGCAGCAGCGGUCAUCAUGGGUUCGACUCCUGUCCCUGGUUUUAGUCCCAGUCGUGUGCUCACCUGGCCCCUCGCUCUCAGGUGAGCCUCUGGAGCCCUGUGGCACCUGACCAUAAGCCCUCUGUGUGUUUCUAAAGGACUCGUAGUGUCAAGUGUCAUGUACUGUACAGUUGGAGUACCGGGGUCACUGGGUCACUGCAAACGUUGUUUUUGUUUGUUUUUUGUUCUUGUACCAUGGUUUAUAACAGUGAACCCACAGACCUCCCCUUGACAUAUUUUUAGUUUUGGUGCGUCUGCCCUAGAUUCAUUCUGGGGUUGUGUGCUUCUUUCGCUGCCGUCAUAUCCUGUAGGCGCCCAGCGUGGCACACGGGACAGGUUCAGAAGCGCUGCCUCAUGGUGAGCACAUAACCACGCGAUCAUUGCUCGCCGCACACGCCUCACGCUUCAUGGAGGGAUCACGAAAGGUGCCGGGACAAACGUGUCGCCGUUUGCUCCUUCAUAAGCGGAGCCCCGUCUUUUGCGUGUGUCUGUGUUCGUCCAUCUGUCUGUAGCUGCUGCGGUGCUCGGGACCAGGGACCAGUCCCCUACUGCAGCUGCGUCACUUUAGGCCUCCUGGACUUUCACUCACUUUUUCCUUUUUUUAGUGUUCAAAAAACUUGAAAGAGCCAAAAGUGUGUGCUGUGCAGCAACCGCUUGGCUCGGCGGUGACCUGGCACACAUUUCUCCAUGGGGCACAAAGCUGCUCUUCCAUCCUCCACAUCCUUCUUAACCAAAUUCUUUUCCUGCGCAUUCUUGUCAUGCUGUUGUUCAUAAUUAUUUUUAUGAUCACAUGGUACCUCAGUAAUGUGUCCAAGGUCGUCUGCCCCGAGACUCACUUCGUCAAAUCGAGGCAGUGCUGCGUGGGGAGAGUCACCCGUGUUGGUUGUCGCCAUCAAUCCCUGAUGAACACAAAGCCCAGGAGAUGGGCUCAGAGCCCCUCACCAGAAACGACGGUUUUUUUUGCCUCGUGUACCCACCUUGUCCAGUGUGCCGGGCCAGGCUGGUGCCCGGCGGACUGGGAUCGGGGUCAGGGGUCAGGACACACCAUGAUUGGCCGAUCACAGCAUGCAUCUUUAAUGCGUGUACAGUGAAGUAAGGUCACUUUGUCCUCCAGCUGCUGUCGUUCACAUCAGGAAGUCAUCGUCGUCUGCCAUUCAGGCAACAAAGAUGCAGAGGAGCAUUGGGUUUGUUUAGGGUCGAUGACAGUGAGUAGUUGCUACUGUGUCCGCAAACACACCGCAGUGUUGUCAUGCACAGUCCCAUACAUACACACGUGCGCAGCACGGAGCCCAGGUCCCACCGCAGUGGAGCGAAUACUUGCUUCAUAUCCCAACUUUUUAAUGGCUAGAGAUGUAUUAUUUCAAGGCACUUUUGUAAUUUUUUAUCACUUUUUUGUGAAUUUGCAUUUGUUCUUGUGCUGCCUGCUUUGAUUUCUGAAAAUUGUGCGACAAGACCAACUUUUCACUUUUUAAGAGAAGGGGACGAAUGUUUGUUUUAAAUCUUUUGUAAUUAAAGACAUGGUUUUAGAAGCGAGUCUGAAGAGAAACGGCCGAUGUGUUCCCUACCAGGGCGGGUGGGGGGAUUUAUUUUGUACAACCAUAUUGUGCAUAAAGUUUCUUUCUUUAAUCUUUGUUUUCCUUGUUUUCUAACCUGGUGUAUUAUAGCGAGGACUGUAAAUAGAAGUGAAGAGAUGUACAUAUUUAUGUGGCUCGCUGCGAGGACGGUUUCCGCCGCAGGGCGCUGUUCACUGUCCAACCCAACAUGCCCGUUAGCAGCCUUUGUGGAUAGCAGUGUGCGGAAACACUGCCUCAAUGUUUCAAUAAAGAGCUUAUUGCCAGGC